ACUUAACUUAGUAGUUCGGUAGCGGGUGGUCUCCCGAAAACUGGAAAGGUGUGUGCGCGCGUGUAACGUUUUUGUGCCUCACCCCCGUGGUGAUCCUCAACGAAAUACUCGCGUGUGCGACCAGUGAGAGUGUGUGAGAGUGUGUGCGCGAGCGCGUGUCUGUGUUGCGUGCUGCCCUUUUGCUAAAGAGUUGGAACGAAAGCGUCCUGAGCAACAGAGCAGGUCCUCGCGUGAAAAAAAACCGAUAAAGCCGAAAGCCAUGAUUGGAUUCAAAUUGCUCGCUAUCGCCGCUUGCCUGGCAGUGGUCGUUGCCCAGGACUAUCAGGAGUACCGGCAGGCACCGCUCCGGAUCGGAACCAAGGCCGAGGAGCCCAAACCGACGCCAGUGCCGAUUCUGAAACAGAUCAACAGACACAACGAGGAUGGUUCGUACACGUACGGUUACGAGGGGGCGGACGGUUCGUUCAAGAUCGAGACGAAGCUGGCGACGGGUGAGGUGAAGGGCAAGUAUGGUUACGUGGACGAGAACGGCAAGGUGAAGGUGGUCGAGUACGGUGCGAACAAGUAUGGCUUCCAGCCGUCCGGUGAAGGCAUUACGGUGCCACCCCCGACGCUGGUGGACGAGACGACGGGCAAGGACGGUGCGCUGCUGGAUGGUGGUGACGAAGGGGAUGACAGCCCGCUGCCGAUCGCACCACGGCACCACCAGCAAAAGCACCGGCCCGGUGCCUCCAAGCCACGCUUCCAGGAGGUGCACCCCCAACCGCAACCGCAGCGCCCUCAGCCCCAGUACUACGACUACGAUGAGCCCCAGCAGCAGCACCAGCAGCAGCAGCAGCAGCAACAGGAACCUGCUCGUUACCAGCCCGCCCCCCAGUACGUCCAGCGAUCGCAGUUCGGUGCGGCCCCAGCUAGCCAGCUGGGUCCCGUCCCAGCUCGGCCCCUGCACGUGCCAAAUGCCGUCCCGGUGGAUGUCGUGUACUCGCCGAAGCAGCUGCCCGCUCGCCCCGACGCCGAGUACCGUAAUGUCGGACCGCACACCUUCCCCCAGGCAGGACCGGCCCCGCCGGCCGCCACCAACAACAUCCGCUUCUCCCAGCCCUCCUUUGCACCUGCACCACCAUCGGCCCCUCAACAGCAGCAGCAGCAGCAGCAGCAGCACCACCACCACCAUUCCGCCAAGUCCGCCCAACCCGCAUUCGCACCGGCCCCGAUCCCGCAGCCGGCCGUCUAUCAGCCGCGCCCGGCCCAGGGACGCAGCACCAGUGUGCUCGACCAGCUGGCCAAGGAUUACGCGCUGCCGCAGGGUGGUGCAGCGCCCCUGCACGACAUCACCUUCGGCUACUACUGAGCUACAGGGCCUUCCUCCUACACCCCUUCUUUUUGUUAGCGCCCCAGGAUCCCCAUUCCAUUCCAGCACUCCCGUUCCUGCAGCAUUGGUGAUGAUGAUGAUGGCUCGUCCGACCUCACCUAGAUCCGAGGGUCCGGUACAAAAAUAAACAAAAAUCCUGGAUAACCUGACUGGCAAACUG